AUGUCUCUAGCAGAAUGUGAGAGUGGCUAUUUUGGAGAAGAUUGUUCACAAAUCUGUUCUUAUCCAAACUAUGGUGCCGAAUGUCAGUAUCGUUGCAACUGUACUCUUCAGUACUGUAGCCCAUUUAUAGGAUGUGUUUUACCGACAGAGACGUACAUUUAUGACCAUCACGCCACUUCACCAAGAUUGUCAAGUCUUACACAGGAGGAGUUAUCAACAAAAGUCAAAACGGUUGACCAAAACACGGAGCUUUCCGUUUUUUAUUUGACUCUGAUUACUGUAUUGGGUUUAAUUGGUGUUUUCGUUGUAAUACUCUCAGUCUAUGUUACAAUACAAAUAAGAAACAAAUGUAGCAGAAACAAAAACAAAAGAAAUAGUUCGAAACAAAGUUACAAAAGAAGAAAUUCCGAAUCAGAAUCAUACGAAUCAUUACAAAGCAUUAACAUGAUUCCACUAAAUCAAGUAACAGAUGGAAUGGAAACUUACAAAUAUCCUGGUAACUCAAAUCUCUUAAGUGACGAACAAUGCGAUACUGACACGGAGAAACAAGAUAUCGAUUCAUGCUACCUUGCGCCUCAAAGAUCUCCAAACAUUGCAACGAAAGACAAUGAUCAGCUAAUUACGAAGCCUGUGGAAGAAACAGAGAGCACGAGUAAACAUGAAUUGUACCUUACUGUCAUAGGAUAGUGAAGAAACGUUCAUUGAAAGAGUAGAUCCAGUCCAGUUCCCCAAAUGGAAGGAUUUAUACACUACAUUUUAGAGUUGCAAAUUGCCUUUGUUCAAAAUUCAUUUACAACAACAUUGUAACGAGUUAAGAAUGAGAAAAGAAUGGUAUUUAAAUCAAC